AUGUCUGACCAAAACUACUACUGGACCGUGUUGCCGAGCUACAAAACUAGUUUUGUGACUGGGGCCAUGAUGAAAAGAUCAAAAAGUUCCCGUAACAACAAGAGAAGGAGUUUGGCGGUUGGGACCCCGUCGCCCACGCUCUCACGACCUCUUUCGCCUCUCCCACUUGCCACAGCUGGCAGCAGCCCCUCAGAAAGCCCCAGAAAUGUCUCUGCCAGCACCUCUGCCAACUUCCAGUUUGCCCGCAGCCAACUGGCCCGCACUGAAAGAGCGGAUGGGCGAAGGUGGUCUGUGGCUUCAGUUCCCUCGUCUGGAUACUGCACCAAUGCACCCAGUUCAUCAGUAUCUUCCUCUUCCUCCCAGGAGUUAUUGCACCAGUUGCCCUUCCAGCCCACGCAAGAUGAUCUCCACUUCCUGUUCAAACAUUUCCGGAGCACGGAGAGUGUCGCGGACGAAGAAGGAGCUCAUGCCUUGCCCCCUGUCAGGCUCCGCUCACGCAGUCUCAGCCCUGGACGGACCUGUGGAACAUUUGACAAUGAAAUUGUCAUGAUGAAUCAUGUCUACAAAGAACGCUUUCCUAAGGCGACAGCCCAGAUGGAGGGUCGGUUGCUCGACAUCAUUGCAGAGUGUUCCCCAGGCACUGCUCUGCCCCUGGCCGAUGGUGUGCUGGGAUUCAUUCAGCACCAGCUGCUGGAGCUCGCCAGAGACUGUCUGGACAAGUCCCAGGAAGGCCUGGUCACCUCCAGGUACUUUGUGGAGCUGCAGGAGAAACUGGAGAAGCUGCUGCAUGAGGCAUAUGAGCGUUCAGAGAGCGAGGAGGUGACAGUCAUCACCAAACUGGUGAAGAAGAUUCUCAUCAUCAUCUCCAGACCUGCCAGGCUCCUGGAGUGUCUGGAGUUUGAUCCAGAGGAAUUUUACCAGCGUUUGGAGGCUGCAGAGGGUCAAGCGAAGGUGGGCCACGGCAUCAAGACUGAUAUUCCCAGAUACAUCAUCAGCCAGCUUGGCCUCACCAGGGAUCCCCUGGAAGAGAUGGUCCAUCUGGAGCAGACGAGUCCGAGUCACAGAGCGGUCAGCAGAGAGUCUGAUGACACCAUAGAUACAACACCUAUACAGAGCCGAGCAGCCUGCACCCCUCCUCGUAGGAAACCACUGGAGAGCGACUUUGAGACUAUCAAGCUCAUUAGCAAUGGCGCCUAUGGUGCUGUUUUUCUGGUGCGCCACAAGGAGACCCGUCAACGUUUUGCCAUGAAGAAGAUCAACCGGCAGAACUUGAUGCUGAGGAACCAGAUCCAACAGGUGUUUGUGGAGCGAGACAUCCUCACCUUCGCUGAAAACCCAUUUGUGGUUUCUAUGUUCUGCUCUUUUGAGACGCGGAGGCACCUCUGUAUGGUCAUGGAGUAUGUGGAAGGCGGGGACUGUGCCAACCUAUUGAAGAACAUCGGUCCGUUGCCUGUGGACAUGGCUCGAAUGUAUUUUGCAGAGACUGUUCUUGCUUUAGAGUAUCUUCACAACUACGGCAUCGUGCACAGAGACCUCAAACCCGACAAUUUGUUAAUCACCUCCAUGGGACACAUUAAGCUGACAGACUUUGGGCUGUCAAAGAUUGGGCUAAUGAACAUGACCACCAACUUGUAUGAAGGACACAUCGAAAAGGAUACCAGAGAGUUUAUCGACAAACAGGUGUGUGGUACUCCAGAGUACAUUGCUCCAGAGGUGAUCCUGAGGCAGGGCUAUGGGAAGCCAGUGGACUGGUGGGCUAUGGGCAUCAUCCUUUACGAGUUCUUAGUGGGCUGUGUGCCUUUCUUUGGAGACACACCAGAACAGCUUUUCGGUCAGGUGGUCAACGAUGACAUCAUCUGGCCAGAAGGGGAGGACGCUCUGCCAGCUGAUGCCCAGGACCUUAUCACCAGACUGCUGAGAACGAGCCCUCUGGAGCGUCUCGGAACAGGUGGAACCACUGAGGUGAAGGUGCACAUGUUCUUCCUGGGUCUGGACUGGAAUGGCCUCCUGAGGCAGAAAGCUGAAUUCAUACCUCAACUCGAGACUGAGGAGGACACCAGUUACUUUGACACCCGAUCAGAGCGCUACUGUCACAUGGACUCAGAUGACGAUGAUGAAACUAAUGAUGAUGAAUCAUCUUUGGAGCUCCGACAGUUCUCCUCUGUGGCGCACCGCUUCAGCAAGGUGUACAGCAGCACAGAGCACCUGUCCACCUCCACGCCGUCCAACCAGAGUCUGUCGUCGUCGGAGCGAAGCCACAGUGAGGAGAAGGAGGAACGAUGGGAGGGCAGGGGAGUCCUCUCCCCUGGCGAUGGACACAAACACUUGGCUGGUGGAGACAGGAGGGCAGAUGGACACAGAGGGAGCCUGCGUCCUCGUGCUUCAUCCAGCUCCUCCCAGUCAGAGCGCAGCGCCAGCCCACUGGUGAUGAACAGCACCCAGAGCCUUGACAUCAUGCCUCGCUUCGCCAUCUCUGCUGAGGAGGAAGACGGGAUGGUCUCCAACCUGCGCCGCAUUCGGCUCCGGAGCAACAGCACAGGCACCAGGCCGUCCUUCCGAAGAGGGGCGUCCCGGCGCAUCGCUCACCAGCUGGAGACCCCAGAGAAACCCAGAUCCCCAGCUGGAAAAGUCCCCAAGUCUGCCUCUGUGUCCGGCCUGUCCCUCAUCAUCACCCCAGAUGACUCAGCAGGUCCUCCAACAAGCCCCAAAUCGUCCUUGUCCCUGUCAUCCAACCCCUCGUCCAGAGACUCAUCCCCCAGCAGGGACCUCUCUGUCAGCAUCAGCUGCCUCAGACCUCCUGUGGUCAUACACAGCUCUGGGAAGAGGUUUGGCUUUGCGUUGCGGGCUAUCAGGGUCUACAUGGGAGACAGUGACGUCUACACUGUGCACCACAUGGUCUGGUGUGUUGAGGAUGGCAGUCCAGCACACGAGGCAGGAUUGAGGGCUGGUGACCUCAUCACUCACGUCAAUGGGGAGUCGGUCCAAGGACUUGUCCACACUGAGGUGGUGGAGCUCCUGCUCAAGAGUGGCAACAGGGUGACCCUGCAGACUACUGCUCUGGAGAACACGUCUAUCAAGGUGGGCCCUGCCAGAAAAGCGAGCUACAAGGCUAAAAUGGCCCGACGCAGCAAGAAGAGCAAGAGGAAGGACGGACAGGACAGCCGACGACGUAGCAUCUUGAAGAAGCUCUCUAAGCACACUCCUCCUCCGCCCAUGCAGAGCAGUCGUAGCUUCUCUUCAGGUUUCCACCAGUCAUCCAGCGACAGCCUCUCAGGCUCUCCCACGCAGAGUCUCUCUCCUGGACCGUCUACACCUUGUCGCUCUCCUGCUCCUGAUCACUCCGGAGAUUCAAGUUCCUCUCCGUGCUCCAGCUCCCCUAACUCGCCUGUACCGCAGGCCCGUCCCAGUUCCCUACAUGUCUUGGGUCGCUACACCAAAGCUGGCCGCUGCAAGUCCACCAGCAGCAUCCCUCCUUCUCCGCUGGCCUGCAUCCCUCCUCCUCAGCCCCUCUCUCCCCAGUGCUCUCCAUCCUGCCUCCCCAGUCACCCCAAGUCCCUGCAGGGUUUCCAUGGCAAGACAUUGUCCCCUCCCACUAUCACCCGCCACUCUGUGCGUCCCCGCAGUGCAGAACCACCUCGCUCACCGCUCCUCAAGAGGGUGCAGUCAGCGGAGAAGCUGACAGGAGACAAGACGACAGGGGGUUACCAUGGAGACAGGAAGGCCUACAGCACCCGUCGCCACACCAUGGAGGUGCCUCUGUCUGAGGGAGAGGGACUGGAAGACAUGGAGGGGGACACCGCCACGGGGUUCGUCUGUGUUGGUGAGCACGGCCGUCAGGGUCUGUACAUAGGAGGGCAGAGAGGUCACCAGGACAGUGGAGGCAGCGAGCACUUUCGCGCCUCCGCCUCACCACAACACCGUGGCGGCAACCACCACUCCAAAGAGGUGGUGGUGAUGAGGAAGCUGGCGCUGUCGGAGCGAAGGGACUCCUUCAAGAAACAAGAGGCCGUGCAGGAAGUGAGUUUCGAUGAUUUGGAGGAGAGAGAGGCGACGCCAAGCCCGACACUUCCUGCCACGCAGCCAAAGUCAUUCAAGGCGUCCUGGAUCAACUCGGCCCAGUCAGAGUCUGCUGUGAAGCUGGAAGGAAGAGGAUCACAGGGUACAACAACACAGCAGAAAGCCAAGUCAAAAGACAAAGAAGGGUUUUAGUUUAGUGAUGUUUCCAGGGACUACAGGUCAACAUAGUCUUUGACCUGCUACUGUACUUAGAUUUGAAGGCCUUGCAUGUGUGUCCAGAAAACUGUGACCAAGUCCCAAAUCAUCACGAGCAAACCGCUUGAAGAUGGAAGAACAAAUUAACAUUGAUGUUUCUCAGUAAUAUAUGCAUCCUGCAACACUGUUAACGGAAUACUGACUGCCAAACCAAGUUUACUUCCUAGUUGCUUGUUUUCUCUCUUGGUUCUCAAAUCACUGUGGCACCUGUAACUGAUGUACUUUGUAAAUACGGUUUUGUUUUAAAUGAAGAAACUUAUUUAUGACUUUUUAUGCUCAUCUUGUUUUAUUAGUUGCUGAAAAUGCCUUGGAUGCUUCAGCUGUUCUUAGGAAGGAAUUGCACAAAAGAAAAGCCAGGCAAAAACUUCUCAGUGUGGUUUCACAGCAGGUGCAGAAAAGGGCAUCAGUCGAUAUCGUACAUUUUUUUCUUUUUAAUACCUCAAUGCCUGUCAAGAACUGGGUGUUGUUUCGUGUUCAGAUUGGGUCUUUGAAACAAACUUACAGUGUUUGUCCUGCGACGUAUAAUGUAUUAUAACAUUUCAGAAGAUACUCUGUGCUGCCUCUCUAUUAUACAUCUUCUGGUGGCGACCAUUUUGGACUCAUCGAUCCUGAACACAGGCCUUGUAUAAACGUUUUAAAAGGACAAAAAUAUCAACAUCUCAGAAGCCUAGCUGUGGUGCCAAAGGAACCAUUUAAAAAGAGGUACUGUAGUUGUACAUAAGAAGCUUCAUGCAUGCAUGGGCUCUACUUCCACUUCCUGUCUGUCCUGUAAAAAAAGCGUGUCACUCCUCUCACGGUGAUUUAAACCAUAACCUGAUCAACACACAGGUGUGUAGAUAAAGCUUUGUGACCACCUUCCAGAAACCAGGCUGUCAUCUCUGUCCUCUAAUUAAUACCUUGUUGAAACAAUACGCCUCCGUCCAGCUCCUUACAAACCUAGUCUAGCUGAAGUGUUUGCACAAGUUGUCGUAGCCGUGUAACAGUUAGAGCACAUUUAUAUUUCAGGACGACUUCCUUCUCCGUGAGAUUCAGAUAUUGUACAGUGGAUGCAACAGACAAAAACUGGCUCCCUUGGCUGUUUUUUUUUAAUGUUAUGAAUGAAUGUUUACAUUUUAGUACAGAUACGUGUGGUUUUUGUUAAAUUAUUAUGACAAAAAAAGACAGGGAAUUCAACCAGUGGCCCUGAGUGGAUGAAGGAACGAGUUAGAAGUGAUCUCCUUUUGUAUAUUUUGAUAUGGAAACAGUCUUGUUGCAGUACUAAUAACCUAUGCUGUUGAUGUAUAUUGUAUAAACAAUGGUGGACCUUAUAACAGCUGUUGAUGGUGUCUUUUUGAAAGUGACCUUGUAAGGGUAGAUGGACUCGGAUACAUUGUGUGUGGCAGGGUCUUAAUCUCAUGUUGCGAUCAGCCUCAAAGGAUUGUGCAUGCUUCACAUCCCAGUAUGAUAUUCCCACAAUUUUACAACAUGGUUCCUUUUUUUUUUUAACUUAAAUUUUUUAUUUCAUCCAAAGGGCCUUGAAUUCUGUAAUUUGAUGUUAAGUCGCUGAUUUGAGCUUUAAAAUGUGAGUUUUGUUAAGAGAUGUGAACAUAUGGGAUUUUCAGUUCUUUGUUUUCUGUUCCUGUUCCCAUUUUGAAGAAUCUUUUAAAUUUCUGUCAUUGAGGAACCAAAAACACUUCCGAUCUUAUUUCAGAUUAAUUUCUUCACAGAAGAAACGUUUGUCUUGUGUUCUUAUGAAGGCACACAUUUGUACUUUGCUGUUGAGGGAACUGUUAUAAUGGAUGUUUAGCACAUACUAAGCCUUGAGCGGUGGUUUUAGAUUGAACUAGAAGUUUGUUGGUUGUACUUUGGGGGUGAAACAAAAACUGUGUGUCUGUAAGAUUUAUUCCUGAAUCUAUGAUGCAAUAUACAUCUUGGUAUGUUCUUAGAAAUGAUCUUUUUAUUUCGUACCCCAACCAGACAGUCAUAGCAUCUCUUGAUGUUAAGUUGUAUCAUGUUUGCCUUUUUCUUAAAUCAAGACUUAAUUUUGUGGAGAUGACUAUGACGACUCCUCUCAUCUCUGUUGUGUGUGUGUGAUGAACUCCAUGUCUUCACAGGGGUGCUCAACUGUCAUCCUCCAAGAAUUCCACACUUGUUUCAGUGUGUUUGUGUGUGUUAAAAGUUGUUGCUCCCGAUUCAACCCCGUGUCCCCAAAUGACAAACUGGCCUUUGUGAAAUUCCUACCAUGUGGGUAUCUGAUGCAUACUGGUGUGACAUUGUUUUUUUAUUGUCUUAACAGUGCUUUAAAUAAAUGCAUUGCAAAGGGACUAAAAAGUCCGGGACUACAAA